AUGACAUCCCGACUGAAACACAAGCUCGAAUUAGAAAAUGUAAACCUCAACAGCGCAUACCUUAACGAGUCGUUCGUCCAGAUCGGAACUCCACUCCCCGCUCUGGCAGAAACCAAAAAAGAUAAACAAGAAUACUUACCUGUAUGGCAACAAGAAGCUCGAGAUGAAAAAGGUCGUCGUCGUUUUCAUGGUGCAUGGACAGGUGGUUUCACAGCUGGAUAUGGUAAUACCGUCGGGUCGAAAGAAGGUUGGAAACCUAGUACUUUCAAAUCUUCUCGAUCUAAUAGAGCUACUAAAGUACAAAGACCGGAAGACUUUAUGGAUGAGGAGGAUUUAAAGGAGAUGAAUGAAGAUAGGAGAUUGGAGAAUACGGAUGUUUUCAAGGAUGAUGGAUUUCGUGGAACUAAGGAGGAGGUGGAAGGGAAAAGCAUACCAUCCGUUCUUGAAAGUAUGAUCGCCCCCGCUCGAACGAGCAUCGGUCAAACUCUUCUCCAGAAACUAGGAUGGAGACCUGGACAAGGUAUAGGACCUCGAGUAUCUCGACGUAAACUCAAACUCCAAGAGGCUAGACUAGGCGGUAAGGGGGUUGUUGAUGAAGGGGAUGAAGAGAUGGAUGAAACGGAAAAUUCCAAACACACUUACGCCCCUAGAGAUGUGAGGUUGGUGACGUAUGAAUCGAAAGAUGAUCGGGCUGGUUUAGGUUUUGAGAAGGGAAGAGGGAUGGGGAGGUUGACUGGAAAGAUUGGACCGGGUGAUGAUCCAGACGAAGAAGAUGACCCUUACGCUGAAGCGGGCCCAUCGACCAGACCUCAUCUAGUUUUCGAACCGGAUGAAGAGGACGAAGUGAUCGUCAUGGGUGGACCUGUCCUCAAGUCUUCCGGUCCCCUAUCUGAGAAACCUCACGGAAAUGAUAAAAACCAUUGGCAUGAUGGUAAACCUGUUUUACCCAAUUUCGAAUUAGACCCACUCAGUGUUCCCACUGACAAAUGGUUCGAAUUCCCAGAGAUACCUCCUGAUUGGCGUCCUAGACCAGCAAGAGUAUGGGGUACCACUCGGAAAUGGGAUGAGUUACCAGGAACGAAAACUGAAGAGAAAGAUACUAUACGAGGUGUUCCUGGUCGUCCGCUCACGUUCGAACAGAGAGGAGAAGCUUUAGGUGAAGAACAACAUUUAUCAAAAGCACGUUCUGUUGGUGAAUACAUGUAUGAAAAAGAAAAAGAACGACUUUCUUCUCUUCAAUCCACCAUCAAUCAACCGCCACCACUACCACCUCUUCCAUUAUCAACAAUCGAACUUGAAGAAAUCACCAAUUCGCAACGUCCUACUUCCGUCGAAAUACCACCUUUAUCCCCACGUACAGCAUCAGCGGCAUUGAGAGGUUAUAUACCAUAUGGUGAUGAUCUAAACAGACAAGAACGAUAUCGUUCUUAUCUCAUUUCUCAAACUUAUAACACGACUCAACCUGAUCCUAUUCUACGUAGUGGUUCAGUGGACGAAAUCAAUAAAGAACUUGAAGAUUUCGCUUCUUCCGCUAGGAUCUUCAAACCGUUAUCACAUGCAAUGUCAUCAAGGUUCACUUCAGGUUCGACAUCUUUAGCUGCGAACGAUAUGAAAGAGGUUAAACCUGGUUUACAUAUGUAUGACGCUACCAAAGUUAAGCUCGACUUGGAUUCUCAACAACCUUUAUAUGAAGAAGUAUCGGAGAAUAAAGUACUUACACCUCGAGAACAAGCAGCUCAAAAUGGGAUGUAUGGAACAUUGACUAGGGUAGUGAAGGAUUUUUAUCCAGUUAAACUUCUUUGCAAAAGAUUUGGAGUACCUGAUCCUCAUCCAGAGGGAGAACCGAAGAAUAUCGUCCUUGAUAAUGAGAGGAGUGAGGAUUUACCGAAGAAUGAUGCGAAUUGGGAAAAAGCUUUCGUACAUCAAUCCAUCCCGAGUCAAUUUGGUAAACCCGACUCUACGACUGGUGUUAAAGAUGAAAAGAAUGAGGAGGGAGAAGAAAGGGUACCGAGAAAUUUGGGAGAAGUAGGAAUGGCAGAAGAUGUGAAUCAAGGUAGAGAUACUUUGAAUUAUACUAAACCGACUAUCGAUAUUUUCAAAGCUAUCUUCGCAUCUGAUGAUGAAAGUGAAGAUGAGGAGGAUGAUCGACAAGGUGUCAGUCAUCCUACUAAUCUCGAGCUUAAAGUUGGUAAAGAGAUGAAGGUGAAAGAAGACAAGUUUGAAGACCCUUUCCCUAUCAAAGAGAAAACGGUGGAUAUCAAUAACUUCAAACCGGUUUUCAAUAAGAAAGAUAAGAAUAUUUUCGAUAAAGAAAAGAAGAAAGAAGAAAAAGAAAAGAAAAAGAAAAAACGUAAAGGCGUUUUAUCAUUUGAUGUUGGGGAAGAAGAAUUAGGAUUCAAAAAGAAGAAAUUGGCAAGGGAGAAAUCUUCUUUGAGUUCUACUUUCCAAAACACUGAACGUCAAGAUGAAGUCAUGAUGAUCAAAAGGGAGUCUGAGAUGGAGGUUGAGAAUGAUGAAGGAGAAUGGGUAGAAAAACCUAAUGUCGUACCACGUUCAAUCGGCAGGAAAGGGGCGGCGGACUUCAUGUAG